UUAUAUAUACCCUCCUUGCCCAUCUUUCUUCCUUCCCCCUUCCCUCUCAUUUAGGAAUCUCUCUCUCUCUCUCUCUCUCUCUCUCUCUCUCUCAUGGCAACAUUUUUUGGAAGAAUUGCCUUCGUCCAUUCUCUUCUUAUAUUUGCUCUCUUUUUCUCAGGAGGAGUUGAAUCCCUUGGCAUCAACUACGGUCAAGUUGCCAACAAUCUGCCACCACCGGAGCAAGUUCUUGAGCUCUUAAAAUCUUAUAGGAUCACAAAAGCAAGGAUUUACGACACCAACCCUCAGAUUCUAACGGCAUUUGCCAAUUCCGGGGUUGACCUCAUUGUGACGGUGGAGAACGAGGUCUUGAGCGAUUUGAUGGACCCACAACAAGCUCUCCAAUGGGUCGGGACCCACAUAAGGCCCUACUUCCCGGCCACUCGGAUCACCGGGAUUGCUGUCGGCAACGAGCUCUACACCGGCGACGACACCACCCUGAUGGCCAAUGUCGUGCACGCGAUGACCGCGAUCCAUGCUGCCCUGGUCCAACUGGGGCUAGACUCGUACAUUCACGUCUCCACGCCCAGCUCCCUGGCCGUUCUGGCGGAGUCCUAUCCGCCUUCGGCCGGUUCUUUCAGGCCAGAACUCGCCGGGGUCAUGCCUCAGAUUUUGCAAUUCUUGGCAUCUACUAAAUCACCCUUUUGGAUCAAUGCGUACCCAUAUUUUGCUUACAAAGAUGAGCCUAACAAUAUUUCUUUGGACUACGUUUUAUUUAACCCUAAUGUUGGAAUGGUGGACCCCUACACAAAACUGCACUACGACAACAUGUUGUAUGCCCAAGUGGAUGCCGUUAUUUUUGCUUUAGCCAGAAUGGGCUUUGGUGGGCUGGAAGUCCGGGUUUCGGAAACCGGGUGGCCCUCUAAAGGCGACCCGAACGAAAUUGGGGCGACCGUGCAAAACGCGGCGGUUUAUAACCGGAAUAUCUUGAGGAGGCAAUUGGUAAAUGAAGGGACUCCCUUGAGGCCUAGUUCUAGAUUGGAGAUUUACUUGUUCGCUUUGUUCAAUGAGGAUUUGAAGCCUGGGCCCACCUCGGAGAGGAACUUCGGGCUCUUUCAGCCCGACGAAACUAUGGUUUACAAUGUGGGCCUCUCGGCCUUGUCCGCCACUUCGACGUCGACAAUGUCGUACGGCUCCGUUUCUCUCACUUCCUCCGCUAGUUCUCAUCAGGUAGCAAAGAUGGGAUAUCAAAGCUUGGUGUAUUGGAUGUUUGUUUAUUUGCUGGCCUUCCAAGUAGUCUCAAGAAGACCAUUCUAAACUCACUGCGGCACGGGUCCAGUUUUUUACUAAACUCACAGCGGCACGGGUCCAGUUUUUUACAGAGAACUGGAGAGAAGUUGCUCCCUAGCUAUGUACAUAUACCCUUAAUUUGGAUGGGGCCGGCUUGUCCUUUUAAGCCCUUUGUCCCUUCAAAAAAACAUGCAAAACUUGAGACCCCUUUUGCAAGAGAAGAGACUGAAGGGAUAUCUAUAUGUUUUUCGGCUGUGUUUGAAUCAUGAAUUUAUCCGGGGAAUUUCUGAAAGCAAGAUAAGGGGGAUGAGAGAUUCUUCUUCUUCAUUCAAUAGGAAAAGCCUCUCUUGAAUAAAAAGUCACAAUGAAAUUCAAGAUCCAAAUAAAGGCUAAUUGAAGGCAACCUCAUUCCUCAAGCUCUUCCUCAUUUUUUGAGGAUCGAAGAGCUUCUUUUUGGCGAAGAGAGAGAGAGAGAGAGAUCGAGGACGUGAUCGCUACUACGCUUUCGCUAUUAAUCAAGGGCUUGGUCGAAUAUCUAAUCGAUCCCCAGUAAUGUAAUUACUUAUCCUUUUAAUUAGAGCUAGAGGUAGGUAGGUAGGUAGCUGCUAGGACUCCGAAAAUAUUGAUGUAAUGUUAGUAUUAAUUUCCAUUUGUAUAGAAAGAGAAUAGUAGCUAGCUAGUGAGGUCAAUCUUGAAAAGGAUUCUCUCUCUGGUUUGCAAGAAAGGUCCCUACUUUCGGACGUGGAUUCCAUCGAUCACUCUUCCUAUAUAUAUGGAUGGAAACUUAUCAAGUAGUAUUAAUUGCUUAUAUUCCCA